AGAUACUCGAGGUCUUGAGGGUCCAAGUCGUCGUACCACGCGACGUUGGGGAGGAAGGACGAAUCCUGCGUCGAUCUCGGGCUUUCGGUUGCGUCUUCUGUGUGUCUUUGGGUCAUCUCUCUGCGCUUUUGGUCGACACGGCGUUGAUUCACGUUUGCCUUCAUUCGAUGGUACGAAGAUUGGACUUGAAGACAUAUUGAAGAAUCAAGUUGAAAAGUGAGCAAGUUCAAACCACUGAAAAACGCAUAGAGAACAUCAUUCAUUCUAGCCACGUGUCGUGAUUUUGUACGGUACUGACGUGUCUUGAGAUACAUCAGGGCCUUAGCCGCUGGGUACAAAGCUGCGUCCGUGUACUUCAAACGGAUAAGUCCGUCUUCAAGCUAUUGUUAGUAUAUUCUUGACCUUUUCUAGUCAACGGUGGCCAGUUCGUUGCCUCAUUAUUGAUGGAAACCUCCAAGUCCUCGCCCCGAAGAACUCGUCGAUCAGAUGGGCCUAUUGCUACUCCUCUGGAAUGUUUUCGACAAGGGAAAGAUAGCGAAUCCAUGAGGAACGCUCUCGCUGAGCUGGCCAUGAGACUUGUGGAUGCCGACGACCGCGAGGAUUUUCGAAAAGCCGAUGGUGUCACUGCUAUCGUGGAUCAUUUAGCACGCAUUCUGGAAGAACAAGCAACGCUCAGCUACGCAUGGAGCACGUCUGAGGCCUUCGGAACAGCGUACAUGCUCGCUCUAUGUAGGUGGGAGGAAUACGAAGUACACGACUCGCUUCAGCUUACGCUGGUCGCUAUUUGUCACGCCAGCAUCGAUUCGGAUAUCUCAGCGGAGAUGCACGAACUUGGAACACUUGAAAUUCUAUACCGGACUCUGAGUGUUAUUCCAGAGCAACUCAGCGACUACGUGCCGUUUGAACUCGCAGCUGAAUUUCUCACCAACAUCGCAGCAGCCGAGUCAAGUCGUUCGGCGGCUACACCCGAGAGGCUGUCAGCAACUUUAUCGCUGUUUUUACGAGCUGGUACAGAUCCACAUACUGCGACUUUGGGUAUUGCAUUGUCCGAUCUGCUGUGUAAUUUGUGCUGCGAUCAAGCGUGCAGUCUACUACUGAUAUGCGAGCUGGACACUCGUCGCCCGCGAGGUCAUUUACGUCACAGUGGUGUCGUGUACCUUGCCGAACUCACUGACAAAUCUCAAGAUGGCGCACUCAAACAGAGCAUGGAGGCACUCGUUCACAAUCUCUCGUGGAGCGAUCCCGCAGGUAAACGCAGCAUCCAAAAACUCGCCUUAUCCAGCUUCAUGCAUAGGUUCGCAGUAGAGCCAACAAUAAACAGUUAUGUAAAAAUAGGGACGUGA